AAUUUAAAAUAAAUUUAAGACUCGACUGUUGAUUUUUAUUAAAUCGGAAGAACGUGGAUUAAAGGUUGAAUUUUAGAAUGGAACAUAAAUUAACCAUAAUAAAAUUCUUCCGGAUAAUUAUUUUUUAAAUAUUGAAUUGAUAUAAUAACUUUUUCAGAUUUUCUGGUGGAUUAAGUUCGAAUCCCGACAUGACAAUGGCAUAUUAUUGGCUGACAUUAUUAUUUGGAGGAAUUUACUUUGCAUUAUAUCAUUUAAUGUAUAAUAAAUGGAAUUCGAAUAAAGAAAAUCGGCAUGCCAGCUCUUUUAAAUUAUCCUCUAGUAAUGUAAAUGUAUUUAAUGAUACAAUAAUUAAACAAAUCAUUGAUAUGCAUAAUUUCAUAAGAAGUCAAGUUCAACCUCCUGCGGCUGAUAUGGAAUAUAUGGAAUGGGAUUUUGAACUUGCUCAAAGAGCUCAUGAAAAUGCUAAAAACUGUUUCUGGAAUAUUUCAACCAAAGGAAUAAACUUCUAUAGAGGAAAUAUUAUAAAUUUACUUUAUCCUUUUCAAAUUUGGUACGAAGAGAUUUUCUUUUAUGAUGGAAUGAAUAAUAAAUGUGAAGAAAAUGCAACUUGUGACAACUACACUCAGAUGAUAAUGUCGAAAACUAAUAAAAUUGGUUGUGGUAUAAAUUUCAAUUGUUGGAAUAACGAUUCUUUAUUUAUUUGUCAUUAUCACUCAAAGAGAACUAAUGUAAGUCCACCUUAUCUCAUUGGAAGAGGCUGUAGUCUCUGUAAUCUCGAUAACAGAAGCAAAGUUCUCUGUAUCGCUAAUCUUUGUAUAAAAGAAUCUUCUUGCAAAAGAGAAAAUAUUCCAUGCAAAUGUAAUUUGAAAUGCCACAACUGUGGUGUGUUGAAUGAAUCUACAUGCAAAUGUCAAUGUUUUAAUGGCUGGGAUUCUCUUGAUUGUUCGACUCUUUGUGAAGAUUUACAAGUCGAUUGUAAGACUGAAAAGUGUUUAGAUGAAGCAUCAAAAUAUCUGUGCAGGAAAACUUGCGGCUUUUGCAGAGGCAUCGGAAAUACUAAUAAUGAUUCUAAAAUUUGUUGCAACGGCAAACUCUGUCAUCCUGGUUACGUUUACAAAUCUGCAAUUGAUUGCCAGUGCGAAGUUUUAUGUCCCGGGCCAAAUUGCUUAAAACAUACGAAAAAUGUCGAAUUGCCACUAGUGACUAUUAAUUACAGAAGCUAUUUAAGCCAAGAAGAAAAUGUUUUUGAAAACACAACUAAAAAUAAAAUUGAAGAAGGAAAUUGGUUAGAAGAUUCCAAUGGACUAGAAAACCAAACAAAUUUAAUCAAUUUUACAAAUUUCCAAAGUAAUUUAAAUACAACGGCAACUAAUAAUUCUUGGUUAUCUUCAACCUUUGCAUCAAGUAAUACAGAAAGAAAUUACGAAACUAAUUCAGUAACAAAUUUUUAUCAGUCAGAAAAUUCAGAAUCUAUAUCAACAAACUUAUUAAAUAUAACUAAUUCAUCGAAUUUUCCUCUUCUCGAAAUUGACAAAACAAAUAAAACUAUCUAUAUCUAUAAGAUAGAAAACUUAGCAUCGACAGAAAAUAUAGAAAUAGAGUUUCUGUUAAUAUGUUCCUUAUCAAUAUUGUCAAGUAAAUUUAUUUAAUGUGUCCAGCUGAUAUAACAAAUUUAUCAGAUUAUUUUAUAUGUUUAUAUUUGUUAUUAAUGUUCGUCUGAUAAAUAAAAUAUUGUUCCAUACUUUUCUGUUUCUAAAUCC